GUCGAAAGGGUCAACGCCAGUUUCGUUCCGAAAAAGGGGGUUUUGCUAGCGUUAAACGGCAUGGACAUGAGGGCGGCCGAGGACGAGAUCCCAGUGGUGCGCGUUAACGUCCUUGCGAGGUCCCAAAUGGCGGGCCACGCGACAGUCUAGUGCUAGGUGACAGGAGCCCCCAUCAAGGCACAGCGGCUAGAACAGGCCGCGCUUAAGCGAUGCCGUGAUGGCGAGAGAGGAAUCCCGAGGAAAGAGGCCCUUCAAGUUAUGGGACGGGCGACGUAGCGUACGCAAGGGGCUGGUGGUGGGAACCUUGGAGGAGCUGCUCCAGCGCGGCAGAGACAAACUCGGCCUUCCGAACGCUGAGUCGGUGCGUGUGGUGCUAGAGAACGACGGGACCCAGGUGGACGACGCGGACUACUUUCGCACCCUUCCUGCGAACACCGUCCUCCUGCUCUUGAGGCCUGGAGAGCGAUGGUUGCCCGCUGGAGUGGACGUCAUCAGAGCAGUAGCCAUCUCAGCGAUUCCGAAGAUAGUUUGCGAGACGAUUCACGCGCUCGAGCUGCAAGAUGAGACGCCCUCGUGGAAAAUCAUGGAUAACAAGGGUCGCGUCACGGUCGUGCUGCACUGGGACCAGCGGUCGUCCGGUCCGUCAAGAGUGUCGUCCUCCGAAGCGCCCUCGCCUUCCCCCGGAAAGUUCUCCCCUAGCAAACGACCCUCUCUGGUGAUCUCGACGCAGGUGGGUGGUCAGAGGGAGCAGCAGCCGAGGUACCCCAGCCCGCAGAUCACCGUGAUAAACCACGACGACGUCAACAAGCCGGCGCACCGGCUGUCCAAGCAGAGCUCCUCGCUGGAGAGCGCCACCAUCCACAUCCACACGCCCGAGUGCGCGCACCACGCGCACAUGCCGCGCGCGGGCAGCCCGCAGAGCAACGGCGGCAUCGAGUGCGACUUCCACUGCUGCGCGUUGCACGAGGAGGGCAGGAAGAUCGCGGUGCACAAGAGCGUGGCCACCUCGCCCAUCCAGGACGCGCAGCAGACCUCCCCGCAACCCCCCUCGUCGCGUCACGUUCGUUUUUUAGACAUUGAGGGUGGCGGCCGGCACAGCGGGCAGUCCGAGUCGCACGAGUCGUCGGAGUCAGAGACCGACAACACGGUGAUGGAGGACGAGGCCGUCACCUCGGAGAAGUUCCUGCUGCUGAUCGAUCAGCUGAGCGUCGAUCAGAAGCGACACCUCAGCAUCAAGGACAUCGGCAUCAUCCUGGAGCGGCUCAGCUCCAAGAUCCUCGACGUCGAGCGCUUGGACAGGGAGAGCGAGAGCGACGACUGCUACAACUGGACGAUCAAGGCCACCAUCAGGGGCGACGUGCUCAGGGAGCUGGGCGUCAUCUACAACGGGAACUACUACGCCAUCUCUGAGCAUCCCGGCUACCGGGACGAGAACGAGGGCGUCGUCGAGGAGGCCGAGGAGGAGGAGGAAGAGGAGGACCGGCUGUGAGAAACGAUUGCCACACAGCUACCACCCCAUACUGCCAAAUAUGUCGUAAUAUGCACAACCUAACAGACUCUCGAUCUAUCGUUCGUUAAUCGUUACAUUUAAACAAACAGGUGCGAUGAUGCUCACUCACUCGACCACUCCCAUUUUAACCCCCAUCCCAUUUCAAUCCGAUCGACCACAUUUCAUUUAAUAAUUCUUCGUGUUCUUGAGGUACUAUCCUCCACUCCAAAAAACUCCAUUUUGAAAUGUUUGAAGCCUUAAGAUAACAAAGAACAACAACAAUAAAUAAUAGUGUAUUAUGCUGAAAGAAGAAAUGCUUUCUUAAAGCCUGAAAAUUGCAGAAAUAUAUAUCUGAUGGUAAUCUUAUAUUAAAAAUUUAAUUUAUAUAUUAGAUAGAAGUAAAAAAAUAUUCUUGUCUAGCCUUUUGUGGAUGUUUUGAAAGGCUAGCCGUAGAAACCCCGACAUCUAUACGAAAACGCACCAAUUAACCACCCCAACAUUUCUUAAUUAAACUUUAAAAUAUUAAAAUAACUAUAAAAUAUGAUUAUGUUAAGAAACUAUUUCACCCUUCCCCAUUCACAUUUCAAAGUGGGCCGUUUUGGCGUGGAGGAUACACGCGAAAUUGAUUCAAUGAAAUACGAUUCAUCCUGCCUGAAUUCUUCCUGAUUUAAUCAAUCGCAUAUCGAUUGCUCGGUUUGUUGUUUUCACGAUAAAUAUCAUCAUCCACCAACAUAGUCAUCAUCAUCAUCGAGUGUAGCUCAAUAAUCGUUCAAAAAAUACGCAUGGACUCAUCGACACUCUGUACAUACAACAUUCUUCACUUAAUAACGAAGCAGGAGAAUACAAAAAAAUUAAAGAAAAGUGUGGUGCAGGGACGAUUGUGACUUUUACCAAAAUUAGUUAGGUACCAACAAACAAACAAAAAAUCUAUAGAUGCGAGAAUCGGUAGACAAUCGUUAAAAGUCGAUUCAUCAUCAACAACUACUACUACUACUAAUACUACUACUAACCGGUUAUACACUUACACUAAAAAAAAUUACCUAAUUCACGAAACAUUUCGUUUAUUGCUCUUUAAGUCCAGUCAUUUAGUCAGAAGAUUCCUUUGGAAAAUAAGCUAUACAAUCACUUCUCAAUUCAGUCACUACACGUCAGAUAUUUAUUUUCAAGUUUUGUACCAGUCAGUGUGGAACUCAUAAGUGUUUUUAUAAUCAGUGUGCUGGUGUUGGUGAACCUGUUCCGUACUAAGAGAGACAAAAUUCAAUCGUUGAAAUUGUGAAUUUUUCCUUAAAAAAACCUUAAAUACGUUCCGUAUCGGAACAUUGGCGUAACUAAGUGUAUUUCAUUUGAAAUAGUUCCCCUAUAAAAAGAACCAGAUUUUCGUAAUGCUUGGAAAAAUAUCUGAUCGAGAUCUAAUAAACGAAAUAUUUCCGUAACACUGUGGACAAGAAAAAAGGUGCUAAAUGAUACCUAAUGAAUUAGUCAAAAAUAACUACUCUCUAAAAAUUAAUUAGUUAAAAAUGACUAAUUACUACAGUUAUUAGUGGCUGCUUUUUUACUUAACAGCCAAUUCGUAUGUAAAAUUUUCCCCUGAACCCGAAAAUACCAUCAAAAGUUAUGAAAGUAGAG